AUGCAUCCCAAUUGUGCCAGCGUUGCCGGUAAUUCUAGAGCACAAGACUCCCCUCUCAGUGAGAGUAUGUGCACCUCUGUUUCAUACAAAACAACAAGCUCUCAGGAGGCAUCCACUGUCGGGUACCUUCGGGUCGAUGCCAAUGAACCUUCAAGAAGUACUGAAUUCUUAGCACAUCCCCACAACGGACCACCACCCAUUACAACCCCACACAGCUUACCAGCCCACCGCACGGCGUGCACAUCCUUCAGCGGGCACUUGGAACAGAAUGAGCAGUGGAUAGAAAAUCCUGAGGAGUACCAGCAUUUGGAGACUUCCGGUAGUAGCAGUACUACACUAUUAUCUCAGGAAUUACAAUUUGAACCCGCCGGUCCACGUUUUUCGAACUCUGUAUGGAUGUACGAAGAUGAUCAACGGCUCGACUAUUGGGUCGACCCUUUGGCAACACAAACACUCAGCAUUGGCCAUGGAAACGACAGGGAGGAUGUUAUCACAGUGCUCUAUAGAGCUCAAACCAUAACCGAUGAACCGCAGUGCAACCCCCCUCCUCCGGUUGACCCAAGCCGUUUUCAUAAUAGGCCAGCCCAAUCUCUCAAUCCAUACGCCUUUCAGAUGUUGCUAGGUUAUCAUGGAGAGAGAAAUGAUGAAGGCCGUUUUGAGUGUUUUGGAGAUUGCCACAAGGGUCGCCUUGGCCGCCUUGGUUUUGAAAGAAGGAGCAACCUACUUGUCCAUCUCAGAAGUUGCCAUGGACAAAACAUACUGAAAUAUGAUCGUGAAGAGAGCCAGAAGAUUAGAGCUAUGCACAAACGAAUGCUGUUGGCAGGUGCUAAUGAGUAG